AUGCAGGCUAUGGUGAAGGAGAAGUGGAACAAUUCCUUUCGGCCACCACAGCUUUCUUCGAUCAUUCGUGAUAAUGAUAUUCUCCAACUGGCGGAUCCACAACUUGACGAUGCCGUGGAACAGAGUCGGCAAUACUGGUACCAGCUCGCAACUUUAGCCUCUGAACUUCGGGAUUCUUGCUUGAUGCCAGAGUUCAUAAAUCCUCGUCUCGCUCUCUAG